CGCUCUUUCCCAUCUUUGGGCGGUGCCGCGAAACCCUAGAUCAAAAAUUUCAUCCUCGUUCCAGUGGUGGGAGGGGAAGAUUGGUGGUGAUCAUAGAUCAUUCGCGGAGGUGGUAUCUUCUUCCCCGAGCGAGUUCAAGGUGAUGGAGGAGUAUGGUGAUCGGAGUUACCGUGGAGGGAGACGCGAGGGUUUCGGAUCUGGCCGGAUGGGGCGUGGGCCGGUCGCUUCAAUUGCGGCCGGGGACGCGGGUGCUUCUCUUGGUCCAGGGAGGCGGACGGCGACGAUAUCUCCACCAACAAGAAGAUGGCGUCGGCCUCCGAUGACACCGAGCGCUGGGACGAGGCAGCAGAGCGCGCCAAGCAGGCAAGAUCUGGGGGGUUUGGGUGGCGAAGAACCCUAACACCUCCGGAUCUGAAGCAGCAAUCACGUUCAAGAAGAAGUAGAUGCCUGAUGCUACAUCUCGUGUGACCCCCCCCCCAAUCAGGUGCCCCCUUCCAAGGCCUAUGAUCCAUGUCCUAUAUGCAAAGCUACUAGCCAUACUCCUGCUAGUUGCCCGCAAGCCUUUUGUGAAAGAUGCAGUAAAAUGGGUCAUUUGGCAUCGAUGUGUGUUAUUUUUCUGCAUUGGGAGUGCAUUGCUCCCAUGUGUGCCUUCCAGGCCAAGGGGCAGGGCUUCUUUUACAUUCCUGAUUCAUGCACUGCUAAGCAGCUUAAGGAAAGAUCUACCAGUGUAGUGAUUACUAUCAUAGAGGGUGAAGCUAGUGUUAAGGACCUAGAAGAGGCUUUUUCUGAUUAUAUUGGGACCAAGUGGCACUGCACUGCUCGAACCAUUGGCCCUAAUACUUAUGUGAUGAGAUUUCCCAAUCAAAGGGAUGUGAAAAAGCAUGUUAUAAUGAUAGAAUGACCCUUAAAUCUUGCGGUGUGGUAGUUAAGAUUGUCCCUUGGUCGGCCAACAUUGGAGCUAAGGGAGCCAUGGAGAUGGCAUGGGUAAAACUUGCUAAUAUUCCCCUAGAAAGAAGGAAUGAGAGGAAUGUUGCUUAUGUUUCUUUCCUGGUGGGCGUCCCACUUGAGAUCGACAUGGCCACCCUGCAUAAGCCUGAAUUUGCCAGGGUCCGGUUGGGCUGUCGCAGUGUGGACGAGCUCCCUGGGGUUGCUGAGGCAGUGUUGGGCAUGCACUUCUUUGAUUUCUUCUAUGAAAUCGAGAAGGUGUUGGUGCGUUAUCCAAAAAGAGAAAGGAAGGAUGUGUAGGUGGGGGCGGAUACAAAAAAAUCCGCCCAUGUGAAAACAUCUACCUAGGGUAAAAAUGAUCCUAAAUCUAGAUACAAAGAAAAAAAAUGAGGGAUGCAACAAAAAUGGUAACGAAGGGGACGAUGACCCUAUUGAUGCAAAGGAGGAAGAAAGUGUGGAAUCUGAUGAAUUAGAGGAUAACACAUUGCUGACUGAGACUAUGGCUGUGGAGGCUUACAACAAAGAAAAAAUGCAGGGGUCUCGGCAAUGCUGGGUAUUGAUGAUACCAAGCAUAAUGCUGAUGAGAUUCGGGUAACAAGAAAAAAUGAUGCAUGUUCAUUCGAUGAUGCUAUACCUCAUGAUAAUGUAGCUCAUUUAAAUGUGGCUAUGGAUUGUGAGCAGGUGGUGGAAAUUGAGGGAGAGGACCUUUCCAAGUUCGGGAAAUCAGAAUAUCUGGUACAAUAUCCUACCUCUUCUUCUAAGGAUGUGGGAGAGGUGAUCCCUACUCCUCCCCUUUUGUCUGAAGAGGUCCAGAGAUUUAGCUUGAGGAACUUGCAGAAUAUGGAAGGAAGAAUGCAAGAGAAAGCUAUUGCCAUUACCAAGAAGAGAAAUCUGGAAGGAUUGCUGAAGCAAGAUGAUGCGGCUACCAUGAGGGAUGGGGCAAAGAUGCUGAAGGAGAAUGCGUCGAUGAUGAUGAGAAUCUGUGCGGCGAACCAUGAAGAAUCGGCUCGUUGAUCUGUAGAAGCUAUGAUUCCGUGGUUUAGCUAGAUGUUGAGUUGCUUUCCCCCUGCGUGGGCCUGAUCAUUUGUUGCUCAGUUGUUGUGAGCCUUAUAACUUGUGUUCUUUUGGGGCUGUAGGCCCUGGAUUCUAGAUACUGAGAUUUGGUGUCAUCGGGUUUUCGCCCCACGGUGAGUAAUCUCGAUGGCGAGUGCUCACAGUGGGUUUCCCUGCGAUGCUUUGGA